AUGACGUCUGACACUCUGCUUCAUUUGGAGGACAGCAGGAGAGCAGAGGAGAGGAGCAGAUUGAACUGUGUUGACAUAGCUCAAACUGGUUUAACAGACGGGAAGAACACAGACCUUCUCCGAUGCCAGGAGACCACUGAAAGCAGCUCUUCCAUAAAGUACAGAAGAUAUGGGUCUCGUUUGGGUGGGGUCAAAGUUCGCCACAAGAGACAGGUGCUGCAGGACAUGGCACGACCCCUGAAACAUUGGCUUUACAAACACCGGGACAACCCGUACCCCACCAAGACUGAGAAGGUCUUGCUGGCUUUGGGCUCCCAUAUGACACUGGUACAGGUUUCAAACUGGUUUGCAAAUGCCCGACGGAGGCUGAAGAACACAGUGAGACAGCCAGACCUGAGCUGGGCCCUGAGGAUCAAACUCUACAAUAAAUACAUCCAGGGAAAUGCUGAGAGGCUGAGUGUGUGCAGUGAUGACACUGACUCAGAUGAUGAAUGUCCUUUACAAACACCUAUCAGCCAAUCAGACUUUGGCAGGUCAUCUUCCCACAAGGGUGUGCUUGAGAAACAGGGCAUGGCUGACUCCGCCAACAGUGACGACAGUGUGUCGCCUCCGUCCAAGUACAAGAGCAGUUUACUGAAUCGGUAUCUGAACGACACCCUGCGGCACAUGAUGGCGACGAAGGCCGAUGGUGUCACCGCAGCCCGCAAGAGGAGGAGCCACUCUGAGUCAUUCAGCUCCAACGAAUGUGAUCGAGAUGUUGUCUCCCCGGCAUCAUCCUAUGAAACAGAGACCAACUUUGUCUACCAUAUGGACACAGUGGAGUAUACUUCAACUAAAUUUGACAGUGGCCAGCAGAAGGACAGAGGCCAGCAGAGACGAGAAGAUCAAGGCUGGAGGGAGAUCCACGCUGCCGUGGCUCUAACUGACCUGGCCCAGGGGCAGAGCUGCACAGCAGACCAGAGCAGCGUGACAGUGUCCGGCACUGCCACAGGGCUGUGCUGCACCAGAGAGCCCUUCUCUGUUACGAGGACCAAUAUCAUAGACAGGAUGUGCAUCACAGGGCCCAACUCUGCUCUGAGGCAGAGCUGCACCGCUGGGCCCACUCUCACCAGCCGCAUCAUCCAGAAGUCCUCUCAUAUCUCUGAGGUCCAGACUGUCAAAGUCGUCCUGGCAAACAGCGUGUAGGCAUUUAAAGUGAGCAUCUGGUCCAAGCACUUCAUUCCAUAUAGGAAUACCAGAUGCUUCAGUAGCCAACG